AUGAGUAAAGCACUUGCCAAGUUUAAGAGGAAUAAGAAGGCCGAUCCCUAUGAAAAGGCUGCUGAGUCCAUUUUCUUGUCAUACUUUGUUCUUGUUGUAGUCGGAGAGGAAUUUAGCUCCACUUCAGGAAACAAACUACUGCAAGAUAUAUUUGAAAAACGGGCAAAGGCCUAUGCAGAUGCUGGCUUGAAAUUUGAUGAUUUAUGCUCGCCCAUAUUGCUCAGUAAGGGACAAGACGAACUAUUUUAUGGUUUUUGGGGACAAGUUUUGAAUCGAUCUCAAAAAUCUAAAACAUCAGGUGGUGCCACAGCCACCAAGAUUAUUCAUCACUGGAAAGAGUUGUUCUUUCAAAUGAAUGACCCAAGAUUUCAACCCGAUGACAAAAAUAAGAAAAAACAAGCAGAAGAACCUUCGCCAGAAGAAAAAAAGAAACUUCUCUCACAACCAGCCAGGUUUUUUAUUGUCACAUCCAAUAUUGACGCAGAAUUUGUAAAGGAAGGGUUUAAGGAGAACGAAUUGUAUGAAACUAGAGGAAAUAUGUUGUCGUGGCAGUGUGCAACGCCAUGCUGUAAAAACACGUUCAAUGUUCGAGAGGAUUUUAGAUUUGAAAUUAAUCAAGAAAGUGGGCGAGCUCCUCCUCUCAAAUAUUCAGACAAGUCUCACCAAAAGAAGAACAUUUCAGAUUUUGACAGUACUGUACAGCCGCCAACCACAGCAGAUUGUACAUCAUUAGGCGAGGAAGAUUUCAAUUUCUAUUCUGCGACAGGAAAAACAGAUUAUUUUCGAAGCAAAUUGUAUAUGGAAAAACCAGGAUUCUUGAUUGGAAACAACACCAUGCAAGAAAAAUUAUUACCAUCUCAAAUUGGAGAAAAACGAGGAGCCUAUUAUCAAUUCUUUGCUCCCAAAGACGUUCCAGACAAAUUUAAAAAUCCUGAAAAUUAUUUACGGCCUGGUUCUGCAAAACGAAUAUCAUCUGUGUAUGGAAAGAAUAACUAUGUGUUGGGGUCGUUGGUGGAUAUUGGAAAAAUUACUGAGCAGGUAUUUACGGAAGGAGAAGGCAUUAAUUCAGGGCUCACAAGCCGCUGCCUUAUUGAACGAAGAGAUGCCGUUUUACAACGAUACAAUUUAAUUUAUGAUGAUGCUGACGAAGAAGAGUUUCCCAAGUCAGCAAAAAACAAUGUACAUAAGAGCAACAGUUUAAAACUUGUAAUUGAAAACAAGAGCGGUCAAGAGACAAAACUUGAACAAUUUUCUGAGGAUAUUCAUGCAACGUUGCAUGAUUUUGCAUUUUGUGGAGAUAUUGAACCAACCGAAGAAGGUUUUAUGGAAGUCACCAUCAUUGAUCCAAUGAUUCAUUAUCAUCAAUUCUACACAGAUCUUCAUAACACGGAUGAUAUUGUGACAGAAAAGGACGUACAGGAAUUUCGAAAAAAUCCACUUCCCAUCAUUCCAAGAGAUCAAACUCUAGUCGCAGGCUCUGCUAAUGUCACAUACAUUAUUUCCAUUCAAAUCAUGAAUCUUGACGAUGAAUUGAGCGAGGAGCCAGCACUCUCGUAUACGAGCAAAGUUUGUCCAACCAUUCGAAGGAAGCGAGAAGAGGAUGGAAUAUUUGUUGACUCUGUCAUUAUUAAUGUGAAUGAUGCCAUUGCAAAUAUUGGCAGCAAUACUGGCACAGAGAAACACAUUCUUCCAACACGUGGCAAAGUGAGUGUUGUCGUUCAACCAUCUAAACCAAAGCAAAAACGCAAAUCGUCUGCAUCUUCCGUACAACAGGUGGUACGAGUGGAAGAACAACCAUGGCAACUUGUUGGAGAGUAUAAUAUGCGUUUUCUCUUGGAAACUCCUCCCACGUACAACAAGCAAUCAUCCAGUUUAGCGAAUCCACAACUGUUUAAGGUUGGAUCGAAAACACAAACACCCCUUGUGAAUGUGCGAAUGUUGGAUGUUUCUCUCAAAACACGUGAUUCUGUGCACUCUCUAAAGUUGCGUGCCAUACAGGGUGGAGAAGGCCGAAGUGUCGAGUUAGCCACUGUAUUUGUUGACAUGCCAAUUACUGAUUUUUCAACUGCAAAUCCAAUUUCCCAAUCAAACGGUGCAACAGAAAACAAACCACCAAACACAGCAACUACGGCAACACCUUCGCCCAAUACCACCACACUCACACCAAAUACUGCAUUUUCACAGGCGCAAACACCAAACACAUUCAACACACCCAAAUCCUCUGUUUUUACAGAUAAUGGAGACCCUUUUUCUGCAAGAAAAGCUCAACCUCAUCAAGUUUCUGACCUAUUGAGUGGUCGUGUAAAAUCAGCGGAAGAUAUUGACUUGUAUAAUCCUCGAAAACAGCCGAUUAUUAAUCGAAUAUUUUGUGAAACGUGUCGAGGAGUGGCAAGACCACGUGUGAAAAUGAACCUUACAGAUGAAAAAUGGAUCAAAACAAGCAUCAUGCCCUACAAAACAUGGAGCACCAAAGUGAAAAAGGCCAUUCAAGAGGAAGGACGAAAUAUUGUUGUUCUUGAAAUUGGAGCAGAGGCCAAACUUCGAAACAUUUCUGACAUGAUUUUGAAACAAAAUUCAGGAGGUGCUGAAAUUAUUCGAAUUAAUCCCAAACUUCGAGUCAUUCGUGGACAAAAAGAAGCUCUGAAAAUUCCCUCAGGAGCAGAAGGUCAAUACAAUGUGAUUGAGGACCAAUCCAGUUCUGCUGCCAUCAAAAAGAUUGAUCAAUAUUUAACUGAAAUUAGUGAACGAUUUUCCUCUAGAGUGUAA